GAUCAGUCGUUGGAAGGUUUGCGGGAUCCAGGCAAGUUUCUUACACUAGUGCUUUACAUGUUUGAGCAGUACUUUAAGACCAACGAAGAGGUUGGGGCCCUCUACUCGGUUGAAGACCUUCUCAAGGUCAGCUUGAUCAACGAUGACUUGAGCUCCUUUAUUCACAAUUGGGAGUCAGUUAUCGGGCAGAUUCGAGGUUCCCACAAGCUGAAGUAUGAUCUGGACACGUAUGACCGUGCUAAGGAAGGUACCGAAACGCACACCUAUCAGUUCCUCCUCAGCUCCAUCAAGCCCGGCUACGCUGCAGCUGCCCGCAAAGGCGAGCCCGCUUCCUCUGACCGCUGGGAACACAAAGCCAAGGAAGGGAUUCUCAUCCGCCGCCACGUGGAGCUUGAGGCCGAGCCUGCUGCAAGCUCCCCGCGAGGGGAUGCCUCCAACUUGGACGGUGCCGGCGAGGGCGAGGACAUGUUCAUCGAGGAGAUGUAUGGCGCUCCGCCACUGGAGGAAGAGAUCGUCUUGCGAACGGCGAGGGAAACCUUCCACUUUCGUGGAGGGGAGUUUGUCCUGCACGAUAUGCCCCAGGACACUCUCAAGAAGCCACGCAAGCGUCUCUGGUUUCAUCACGGUGAUCUGGUGUUUUUCACAGGCCUAGUGCGUGGAAAUUUCACACGCGACUUCCCCGAGCUCAAACAUGAUGAAGGUCUUUGGGUCAGCGUUGAGAAAUGCCUCGAUGUGUUCAACAAGACCCGCAGACGUCAUUGGGGUGUCCGCCAAGUGAUCCAGAUGGUGGCAGAAGACCGGAAAGGCAGGAUGGAGAUAAGGGGGAUAGACAUUCAGAGGAAGGACGCCGUCGACCAAGCCUACUUCCUCGUGAUCAUCUGUGCCACGCAAGGUCACAAUGCGAGCGUCGCAAAGAACCCCGACACCGACUUCGCGCUUGCUUCCUCCUACUACUCCACCCUGGACAAGACGGAGGCCGACUCAGCAGCCACCCGCGAGGGUGUGCCUAUCGUCUGUUUGGAGGACGUGCCAAAGAUCCUCUACCACAGGACGACCCGAGACAGCUUCCAAAGCAUCCCCCACAAGGGCUUAGUGGCAGGAUCCCAGGGCAGUGGCAGAGUGCACAAUUAUUUCGCCACGUGUCCCGUCUCGUCUGAGGAGUACAGGUCUGGCGUUCGAGCAUACGCACCCAUUGAGAUAAAAUGGGAUACGGAAAAACUCCUCAGGAGCGGAUGCCUUCUCUUCACCACUCGCUCCGAGGGCGUGCUAUGCCGUGAACCCUGCGCUCCAGCCGCAAUUAUUUCGAUCAUCGAUACGGUCAAGGAGGAGGUGCUCUACUCCCUACGUCUCGAUGUGCCGCAGCCAAGGACUCCGCCACCCACGCACAUGACCGUGGAGGACGUUGCCGCUGGUGUCCCCGAGGCGGAAAACCCCUUUACAAUGACGGGGCCGUCAACGUUUCCGUGCCCAACGUGCCAGGCGGAGUGCUUCGUGGGGCAGCAUCACUGUCUCCGUUGCCGGCAUCGCCUUGCAGAUUCACGUGGGGAGGAUCGUCGCUUCAUCCAGGCUGCUCAGCGCCGGAACAGGAUCCUGGACCGUCUAGCAACCGUCGGGGUGUCGGUCCACAACAUCAGCCCCUACGAACUGCAAAAGCUGGCGAAGCACACCAAAGAUGAGGAACGUGGGCAGAUGAGUUACGAAGCUCACACCAUCCGCAAGGCGAAGGACAAGGUCCAGCGUGCCCUCAAGAUCAAAGGCACCAACUACAGGAACUUGGCGGACCGCUUCGACAAAGAUCCGACUUUUGCAGCCCGGCAAGCGGAAAAUGGCCUGACGCGCAUGGAUAUGCGUCGUCUCCAGGUCUACGCCACCGGCUUCUUGCCAGCACCCGGACGCACCCGCCAACAAGUCAUCCUCGGGACUGGAAGCCAGGCCGAUUUCCACGCCUCUAGGUCAGAAGUCAAUGCCAAGCUCGUGAUCUAUGAAGGCGUUGGCAUCGAGGAGCUGCAGGCCUUGGGAUUGGCGGAUCAGCAGAUGAGCGUGAACAUGGGUGUGGGAUGCCCGAAGGUGCUCACCUUCAACGGCCUCGUCAACCUGCAGGCCAACAACCUCGAGGCUCUCAAGACGGAGAUCAAUGAGCUGAUUGUGGCCAAUCAUGAGGCGGCCAAGGCUAAGGCUAAGGUCAGGUCCGACCAGCCGGCCCGUGCCAGACAGUCCGAAAUUUCAAAGGCCAAGUCAAAGGCUGGUCCAGCUGCUGUUCGUCCGCAAUGGUCUGAAGCAGACUGGAACAAGUGGCAUUACGGAGGUUAUCACGGCCGCACAUGGUAUUCGGCCGCCGAAUGGCGCCGGUACUGGGGCCACUAA